GAUGAACAGUAACGCCAUUACCUCUGAGCCUCGGAGAGCCGUCGCCGACAGGCGCUGGACAGCCGAGCGGCCGCAUCAUGAGACUCCUCCCCCGCCUGCUCCUGCUUGUCUUACUUGUGUUCCCUGCCACCCUCCUGCUCAGAGGAGGCCCUGGAGGCUCAUUAGCAGUGGCUCAGGAUCUUACAGAGGAUGAGGAAACGGUGGAAGAUUCAAUAAUUGAAGAUGAAGAUGAUGAAGCUGAGGUAGAAGAAGAUGAACCCACAGAUUUGGCAGAAGAUAAAGAGGAAGAGGAUGUAUCUGGUGAACCUGAAGCAUCACCAAGUGCAGAUACAACUAUACUCUUUGUAAAAGGAGAAGAUUUUCCAGCAAAUAACAUUGUGAAGUUCCUGGUAGGCUUUACAAACAAGGGUACAGAAGACUUUAUUGUUGAAUCCCUGGAUGCCUCAUUCCGUUAUCCUCAGGACUACCAGUUUUAUAUCCAGAAUUUCACAGCUCUUCCUCUGAACACCGUAGUGCCACCCCAGAGACAGGCAACUUUUGAGUACUCCUUCAUUCCUGCAGAGCCCAUGGGAGGGCGACCUUUCGGUCUAGUCAUCAAUCUGAACUACAAAGAUUUGAAUGGUAAUGUAUUCCAAGAUGCUGUCUUCAAUCAAACAGUUACAAUUAUUGAAAGAGAGGAUGGGUUAGAUGGAGAAACAAUUUUUAUGUAUAUGUUCCUUGCCGGUCUUGGGCUACUCAUUGUUGUUGGCCUUCAUCAACUCCUAGAAUCUAGAAAGCGCAAAAGACCCAUACAGAAAGUAGAAAUGGGUACAUCAAGCCAGAAUGAUGUUGAUAUGAGUUGGAUUCCUCAGGAAACUUUGAAUCAGAUCAAUAAAGCUUCACCAAGAAGGUUGCCCCGGAAACGGGCACAGAAGAGAUCAGUGGGAUCUGAUGAGUAAAUGUUCCUUUGUGCAACAAUUCAGUCUUUACUUAACCUGCCCUUUGUUUUUCGGCCUGGUGGGAAUUAGCACAGAGAAGCCAUAUCACCAUAGAAGGCAACUCCUGUUUAUGUGUGGACUGAGCAAUCAGAGUCUGUGGCGAUAAUAUUGCUGAAAAUGCACUGCAUUCGUUUUUCUGAAGUAACGAAUUUGGUUUUUUAUAAACCAAACUUAAAAUCUAUGUGUGUGCGUGUGUAUGUAUGUGAGCAGCUGGUUUUACCAGAAUCAUUGUUGAACUAACUGAAGUGUGCCUUUAGAAUACUAAAUAUAGUGUAAUUGUCUCUUCCUUAUUGACAUUUUUAAAUAUUUUCCCCCCAAAAUUCAACGAAUAUUUUCCCAGUGGGUGUCUUGCCUUGGCUGUUUUAAAGGAAACAAUUUGGCUCUUUCUUAGAAUAAUUCAGAUCCCCAUUGACAACGCAGAUUAGCAUUCUCUUGUUAUUGUUGCAUUGCUGUUUUACAGCUAGUAGUCUAAAGGCACAAGCAGGAGUAGCAGCUUGUUAGCAAUAGCGUUGUUUUGAUAUUUUGCUGCUCUUUGCUAUAAAGCGCACAUUCAGGAAACUUCCCAGAUGGGUUCAAGGAAUCUUGGGACCUCUCUAACAACAAAAUUGUGAAAUGUGAAAAUUUCGCUGACUUUGAUACGUAAAAUCCCACCCCAGCCCUUUUUAAAUGAAAAGUAAAAAUAAUACACUUGCGCCAACUGAGUUAUUCCCAGGGGCUAGCCCUGGAAUGAUUUUAGAUAUACUCAGUGAUUUUUUUCAAAGAGAAUUUCUUUCUUUAAUAGAAGCAUCCUUGCUUUAAAAAAAAAAAAAAUGGCCUUGGUCUACAGACUUAGCAGGUCAAAUUAUAGGUGCAGAGAUAUGUUCCACCUAAUUCUAAUAUAUGUGUAAAAGAAACGAGUUUGGGUAUUUUUUUAGUCAAUUGUUUUUAUGUAAUCUUUUGAGGAUUUGGGUUGACAUGGUCCCUUUUAAUUAAUUUGGAAAAUUUCAAAAAUUUAAGCACUUAAGAUUCUCAGAACCAAAACUAAAUAGGACUUCAUAAAAUCCUUUUAGAGAAUUACUCUUGCUCUAGCUAGUAAAUCAAAGUUUGACAUUAUUGUCAAACUGAAUAAAGAGUAAAGCUAAAUAGUUACAUAGACAGGUAAGAAUCUCUUCCUCCAUCUUUAAGCCCUGUUCUAGUGCAUAAUGUAAACUAAUGGUAAAUGAAAUUUUAGUGGCUGUUUAAUAUUGUACCUGUCUUCAUUCUCUUCCUCUUCAUUGUAAUCCUCUCCCAUACCCAGGCCCACAGGAGGAAAAAAAAAAAAAAAAAAAAGAAUAAUCUUUCCAAGCUGUUUAAGUAUUUAAGCAUCUGAGCCAGAG